UGUAUGAGCCCGUUUCCUUUUUGGUUCUUCAUGAUUGAAGUUGUACCAAAAAGAAUAGGAACUUGCUUUUUCUACGUAGUUUGAUGGGGAAGUUUGUGAAGAUUUUGCGGUGAUGGGAAUGUGGAUCUUGUUAUGAAUUUUUGUUGAUAAGAUUUACAUUUGAGAGUGGAAAUUGUGGUGAAGAGAAGUAUGAGAGGGGGAAAAGAUGCGGAAAAGGUGACGAGUCCUAUGUUUCCUAGGCUUCAUGUCAGCGACACCGAGAAAGGAGGGCCGAGGGCACCUCCAAGGAACAAAAUGGCUCUCUAUGAGCAGCUCAGUAUUCCUUCUCAAAGAUUUACAUCGGGAUCAUCAUCCACGUUGCCACAUGCGCAAAAUAGUAGUGGCGACAUGGUUUCUUCGAUAUCCUCGGGCCAAGCUUCUGCCUAUCGAAAUAUGUUUCCCCCGUUCUGCAAUUCCUCUAUACCAUCUUAUAUUUCCGAGAAACUUCAACAUCCUAGUUCUUCUGGGGGGGUUAAGUUAAACACUACGAUGAAAGAUAACGAAAAGAGUUCUGCGAGACCAACAAAUUUUCCAAGAUCAAAUGCAACUGAACCAUUACAAUUGGCUGUUGAAUCUGAUUCUUCUCGAGCACAAAAUCUCUCAAAUUCUAAGAACUUUUCUUUCAAGAUGGAUGAAAAUGAGGAUGAUAUUACGGAGAGUAAAAAAUUGCCUCACUUGAGCUUCAGCUCUACCCUGCAACAUAAAAGUCCAUGUGAAAACGAAAGGUCAAGAAACUUAGUGAGGAACCAUUCUGAAGAGAAUCCAAAAGUGUCUCAGAAUAGUCCGGAUUGCAUAGGAAGGUUCUCUUCUGUAGCAGUUGGUGGAGAUAAAGAUAUCGAAGAUAAUUUCUCAUAUCCAUUAACUGCAGCCGAUGACAUUAAAAGUUCAAAUCCAUCACAUGCAUCUUUGAAUCAAGCAAAUUAUAGUUCAAUGGCUAUUUUGAACAAAUUACACGGUGGCAACAUACAACCCCAAGAAGAAUUUGUGGCCUCGUGUGAUAAAGUGAGCCAUAGAGGUAACAUUUUGAUUGAACCUACUUCAAAGGUGAGACUGGAAAGUGAAUGUUUGACGCAACAACAUGUAGAUGAAAGAAGUCUCAAAUGGCUUGGAAAUGGUGUUGAGUGUCGUGAAGAGAGGAACUGUGGGACUCUAAUGAACAGACAUGAUGGUUUUCUAAAGAUUUCCAUGGUUGGUGCUAUAUCGGCUUUGAGUGUCCUCCCUGAUGCUGUUGUAGGAGUUAUAGGAGAAAAGCAAUUUUGGAAAGCGAGAAGAACGAUCACCUAUCAACAGAGGAUCUUUGCAGUGCAAGUGUUUGAGUUGCAUAGACUGAUGACGGUUCAGAGGUCGUUUGCUGCAUCCCCUGAUCUAUUGCAUGAGCCACAUGCAUCAGUCGUCAAGCUCAAGAGUAAGUCAGAGACGCCAAAUCCCAGCACUGAACGUAAUCAAGAGAAUCUAGUCAUGCAGCUUCCUCUUCAUUCUGUCAACAACAACACCAGCAAAGGUCUCAUUCCCAAUCAAUCAAAUUAUGCGGAGCACUUGAGAAACUCGCCAUCAGCUCCUACUAGCAUUAACAAAUCAGUUGCCUUGCCCUUCCACUCUCCUCCACCAGGAAAUCAGUGGCUAGUUCCUGUCAUGUCGCCUUCGGAAGGGCUUGUUUACAAGGCCUACACUGGGCCAUGCCCCCCAUCUGCAGGUUAUGUUGUACCAAAUUACGGCAGUUGUGGCCCUAUGAGCCUAAAUCCCGAAAGAACUUACCUCGGUCCAGCUUGUAAUCAGCAAGGAAUCGGAGUCCUUCCAGGCACACCACCUCCAUUCGGUCAGGCAUACUUCGCUCCACCUUAUGGCUUGCCAGUCAUGAGUUCUUUUGUACCAAACUCAGCUGUGGAGCAGAUGAGUCCGUUUGGCAUAGGACGUGCAAACGAUCAGGAACAUCAGUCGUCAUUUGAGGAAAUGAACUUCCCAAAACCACGUCAGAGUUCCUGUAACAUAUCAAGCCAGACGAGUCGUGUGAAGUCGUCCCAUGGUGCAGUUCAGGCUUCGAAACGGAGUGAGUUUUACAGAAGUACGGCAAGUACGAAUACUCCUCCAGAGAGGCGUCGAGGAGAUGAACUUCCCCUUUUCCCUGUGGCGCCAACAGCAGAGGAACCUGAUGAGAAUGUACAAAUCAGCAAAAACCAGACUCGUGUUAUUAAGGUUGUUCCUCACAAUCCAAGAACAGCAACGGAAUCAGCAGCUCGAAUAUUCCAGUCCAUACAAGAAGAAAAGAAACAUCUGCGGUUAGUUUCAUCUUAAACUCUGGCAAAAGCUGAGAGUUACCGAGUGUAAAAUGGAAGCAUAUUUUGUAGUCUUGCUAAGAGUCAUAAUUUUGUACGUGUAAUCUAUUUUAUUUUUC